AUGGAUCCGGCAGGGGCGACCACCCAUGCCACCGGCGGACCGAAACCCGCAGAUGAGGACUCGUCGAACCUGAAGAAGAGGAUCCGCAAGUCACGGAGUCGUGGUUUGCGGACCAAGACAGGCUGCUUGACGUGUCGCAAACGCCAUAAGAAAUGCGACGAGAGAUUGCCUGUUUGUGGCCCAUGCUCUAUCUCAAGCCGGGACUGCGUCUACGCAGAGGGAUCGCAAUCAGUCACCAUCCCUCAUGGGAAACCUCCGGGUGCUGUCUCCGCGGUGAGCAAGGACUCGGAUGAUUCCUCCAGAAUCUCACGCGAGACACCCGGUCAGAUGACAUUGAGUCCGCAGUCGCUCGUAGCGCCCCUGCCCGAGGAAGGACCGAAGCAGCCCGGUCCACAGUUCCCGACGGCAACGGGAGAGCCAUAUCAAUAUGGGUACUCUCCGGAGACGGUUACUUCUGAUGUUCUCACGGCCGACCUAGCCACGACUCGUUGGCUUGACCUGCUUGCUACCGAUGCUGCUCAAGCCGACGGGGGAUUCUCUCUCGCGCCAAGUCCGGUGCCCGAGGACACCGUCUUCAACGAGCCUUACGGACGGCUUCCAGACACCGAAAGGCCGCUAGACUCAAGUGGCGCCCCUGUGUCCGAUGCCGUACUGACUGAGAGACAUGCAUGGCAGUCGGCCCAUGACCUCCCACUGGAACCCCAUCAAGCCGUGCUUUUUCGGACAUUCGCCGAAAGGGCUUCACGCUGGCUCGACCUCUUCGACCCCUACAAGAACUUCUCCACCUAUGCUACUCGACUUGCACUGCGGAACAUUGGUCUUAUGAGAGCAAUCCUCGCCCUUGCUGCCAGACACAAUGCCAUGAUACAAGCGAACACUGGACAGGCCGGAGCAGACCACAGUGAAGCCAUACAAUACUACUACGAAACACUUCAUUAUGUCCAGACCGCGCUGAAGUUCAACAGCUACGCCCAUUCAGAGGAGCUACUAGCAACAACUCUGGUCAUCUCAACUUACGAGAUGCUCGAUGCGUCUGACAGUAACUGGCAAAGACACCUGAAAGGGGUGUUUUGGAUCCAGCGAUCCCAAAAUGUCAACGGUGGCUCAGGGGGUCUUCGACAAUCUGUCUGGUGGGCCUGGCUACGCCAAGAUCUCUGGGCGGCAUUCCGCGAACGACGAAGGUGCUUCAGCUUCUGGCGCCCAGUCAAGGACUACCCAGAGCUGAACCAGGACGAACUGGCGGACCGGGCCGUCUACCUCCUGUCCCAAACUGUCAACUACUGUGCAGAGCCACAUGCCUCCUCGACCGAUCGCCAGAUGGUUGAACGUCGGGCGUACGAAGGAGAGGUGCUUAUGACAAUGUUAGAGCGAUGGAAGACGUUCCUGGGUCCCAAGUUCAGGCCCCUACCUACGGCACCCUCCGACUCGAGCGUCUUCGAGCCCUUGUGGAUACACCCACCUCAGUUUGCCGUCGCCAUCCAGGUGUACAACUUCGCUCGGAUCUUGAUAGUGCUGCAUCGGCCUGCGAUAGCUGGGUUUGAUGGGUUCAUGAAGACACAGAGAAUGUUAUCAGACGCCGUAGCUACUAUCUGCGGCAUCGCAAUGGAGUUGAAAGAUGAGGGAUGCCAGAUAUUAUCCGCCCAAUGUCUGUUUGGAGCUGGUCUCUGUGCCCAAGAGGAGGUAAAGAGGAAGACGAUUCUUUAUCUCGUCGAUGCCUGCGAGGCUCGGACGGGAUGGCCGAUGGCGACCAUGAGAAGCGAUUUGAGAGCCGAGUGGGCAAAGGUUGGAUGA